AUGUCACAUUUAUUGAACAAAGUAGCAGACAAGUUGCAAGGACACGCUAAGGAGGAAGAGAAGCAGGAGAAGCGUGGUCAAGGUAUUGGCCAUGGCGAAAGUCAUAAGGAAAGUCACGGUGAAGGCCAUGGUGAGCACGAAGAGUCUAAGCACCAAAGAGGAAUUGCACCCGGGACCCGUCGUAAGCAGGAAUACAACAGUGAAGAGUUGUACACUGGUAAUGCACAAGGAUACGAAGGUAUUCCUUCCGAAGAUACGGGAGCUUAUGCACACUCGGGCAAUACAGGUCGUGAUCGGGAUUCCAGCAGGGCUGAGACCCGGUUCGGUAGUGGAAACACUGGCCGCAACGAGCUAGAGCAGGACGACCCAGACUCUUUUACGUCUGGUCAGUACACAACAGGCCAGUUUGACAGUUCUGGAAAAGGCAAGCAGGUGCACAAGGAAUGGUCUGAGCAUAAAGGAAACAUGGGUUCUGGUAACGAAGAAAUGAUGGGCUCUGAAAGAAAGGGCCGUAACUGGUAG